AUGAAUAAUAAACCAAAACCUGCACGACCCGUUUUUCAUGCACGAAAUUUAAAUCAACCUCAUCCUAGACAUGCUCAUGGUCCUUCAACACGUCAACCUAUGAACUUCUCACAUCCAAAACCACCAUCAUAUUCUCGAGCACCUUGGGAUGUAACACAAUGGAUUGAUCCUAUUGAAGCUCGACAGCGAAAUCGACGCAGAUAA